UUUCUCCAACUUUUUUUUUUUUUUUUUUUUAACUUUGGGGGUUUUACACAUUGCACAAAUUACCAUUCAAAUCGGUAUUAACAAAAGCUGUUAAAAUAAUACUAACAAAAAGAGAGAGAGAAAGAUCCGUCCUUUUACCACCGCUUUAUGUCUUUACGACCACCUCAAACCUUCACCCACUCUUCUUUCUUCUUCUUCUUCCUCAGUUAUGGCCUCUGCCUCUUCACUUUUUUCUCAAAACCCCAUUUUCUCUUCUUUCUCUAACAUUAAUUUAUUAUGGGUUAUCUAUCAUGCAAUGCUGAAUCCGCUAUUGCUACUUGCGAUUCUUGCAACUUCAAAAAAACUAAAACUCAUACUAAUAAAUCAUUGAAAAUCAGAGAGUAUUCUUACUCUGAUCUUCACUCUGCUACUAAUGCAUUUUCUCAAGAUAAUCUUCUUGGUAAAGGAAGCCAUGGAUAUGUAUACAGAGCUCAUCUUCAUCAAGUUAAGCUCAGUGUUGUAGCUGUUAAAAGGGGUAAAUUAACUGAACCCCGUAACAGUUCUAGUAAUUCUCCGGCGGAAAAUGAGAUUGAGAUUCUUUCUAGAGUGCACCAUCCUCGGUUGGUGAACUUGUUGGGUUAUGCGGUGGAUGAAAAUCAGAACAAAUUGAUUGUUGUCGAGUUUAUGCCUAAUGGGUCUUUGUAUGAAUUGCUUCAUUCUCAUUCGAAACCUCCUAAUUGGAUUCGCCGUGUUCGAUUUGCGUCACAAAUUGCUAGGGGUGUUCAUUUUUUACAUUCUUCAAAUCCGCCCGUGAUUCAUCGAGAUAUUAAGUCUUCGAAUAUUCUAAUUGAUGGGAAUUUCAGUGCUCGUCUUGGGGAUUUUGGGUUGUCUUUGAGAGGAAAUGUUGAAGACGUCGUCGUUAAAAGUACGCCGCCGGCGGGUACGUUGGGGUAUUUGGAUCCUGCUUAUCUAGCACCCAGUGAUCUCAGUACUAAAUCUGACGUUUUCAGCUAUGGGAUCUUGUUAUUAGAGAUCAUUAGUGGCCGGAAUGCAAUCGACGUGAAUUACAGUCCGCCGUCAGUGGUGGAUUGGGCUGUGCCGUUGAUUAAAUCCGGCGAGUAUUCAGAGAUUUAUGACCCUAGACUCACCUCACCGGAGGACGACGGAGCUUUACGACAGCUAGCUAUAGUCGCAGCGCGUUGCGUCCGUAAGACGGCGGCGAAACGGCCGGCGAUGGCGGAGGUGGUGGAGUGGUUAAAACAGGUGUAUAAACGAAUGAGCUCACCAAUAUGGAAUAACAUAGGGCGGCGAGUGGGGCGUGUGAGGGAAUCAACGCGCGUGGUGAAAUAUGAGCCGUUGGAUGAAAGUAUGGAAAUAGUUAAGAUCUCUAGAAUGGGAAGUAGAAGAAAUAGGAAAGUAUCCAAUGUGGCGACCACAGAACUAGAAAGUGCUGUGAUUGGUCAAAAAAUAAAACCAGUAAUUAGAUCGAAAUCUAUUGGCUCACUUGGUGAGAUUGCAUCUGAACCGUUUGAUUUGGCUAAUAACUAUUAUAAUCAGACGGUUAGGAGGAAAGGAGGAUUGGCUGUGAAGAUGCCUACAGUAAGGUUGAGUAAGUCAAGAUCAAUGGGGAUGAUUCAAAGUAGUACAAGGUUAAUGAACAAGAGUAAUAGUAAUGGGAUUGUGGUUAAGUUUGUAAAAAAACCAAAUGGAAAAGAAUUAGAGGAGUCUAAAUUGCUAGUUGAUGUAGGAAAAGAACUCGCUUCAUUCGAAAACAGUUCUAAAAAUUAAGGGUAAGAAAUACGUACACUCAAUUCUUCUGAAAUCUUAUUUAUGAGAUUUCACUCGAUGUGAAAAGAUCUCCAAAGGGGGAUAGUAAUUGAUUGUAUUAUCAAUUUUUUCUUGUUGUAUUAUUCAUUUCCUUGCCUUUUUAGUGCCACUUUAGACAUUUGUAUUGUUAUUUUUUCUCACUAUUAGAGCUAUAUUAAGUUCAUUCAUGUCUUUAAAGAGAAAUUUGUAUUAUACCUUGUUGAGAGUAUGCAUGCAA